AUGAAGAAGGCUAUCACAACCUCGUUGUUUCCUUUGCGCUGCGAUAAAACACCAUCGAUUCUAGUGUUGCUCGCGUCAGUGUCGAUGAAGCGUCAGAAGCAAAGCGAACCUUCUGCUGGAAUGAGAGGUAUCAUAGUGUAUGAUGGUCGACGGGAUAACGCAUGGCGUGUGACGCAUGCUUCCAUGUACCCCGAUCCGGAUCUAGGAGAAUAUGACAUUGGCGGAGAGAAGUUCACGCUCAUGGACGGAAUCGUUGGUCUCGCUCACUCACCUACACAAGGCCUGUUAUAUUACCAGCCAUUGGCUACUGAUAGAGUGUUCAGUGUGUCAACUGCUGUACUAGCUGCUGGUCCACCUGCUGAGGGCACCGAUUUGCCUGUCAACUUAGUCGGUCGCAAAUCAUCCCAGGGUCUUGGAAUCGCCGUUGACCCUCGUGACGACACCAUCAUAUUUAGUCCUCUCACUGAGACUGCCAUCGCCGCUUGGAAUCCUAUUACUAACUCUCAUAAGUAAGUAUUGCAUAUUCUUUAAAAAUAUUUUUGGAUUAUUACAUGUUCAAAACUAGUUGUUUUAUCGCGACUUCCCCCGCAUAUGAUUUAGCUUUCCGUGGGUGAAAGAAUUUUUAAAAUCAUCAUCAUCAGCCCUUAUACGUCCUCACUGCAGGGGCCCAGGCCUUCCUUAUGGAUGGUUAAGGAGGAUGGGCCACGAUGCGUGUGAUGUGUGUUAAAUCAAAUAAAUGACGCUGGCCCAAUGCGGAUUGGAGGGUAUUAACGACUGCAAAUACAGCCGGGACCAACGGCUUAACGUACCUUCCGAUGCACGGAAUAGCUCGAGAUAAUAAUGUUUUGGUCACCCAUCCCGUGACCGACCCAUGCGAAAGUUGCUUAACGGCAACGAUCGCGGGCCGCGGCGCUUAUCCACUGCGCCACCGAGCUACCUUUAAAAUAAGUUCAGUAGUUUCGUCAAAAAAUGUUGUCAUUUUGCAUGAUCCAUUUUGUUUUAUAUAGUUAUCUACAGUUAUACCAAAAAACCGCAUUAGAUGUUACAUUACUUGCAAUAGAUCCGGAAAAACUACAGUUCUGCGCAGAAGUGAGAUGGGCGGAACGCGACAAUGGCGCCAUCUGGGCUCUUUCUUCGCGCUUCCAUAAGUUCUUCCGCCGUGCCGUCUCAAAGCACGAGAUCAAUGUGAGAAUAGUUCGCAUCCCUGAUAGUGGUUUCGUAUCACUACAGCCGCAUGUGUUGCGACGCGCUGCGCGACGAUCCAAUGCCACCUUCUACUGA